CCCACCUUUCUUUCACUCCCUUCCCUUCAUACCACAGUCACUUCCUUCACCCAGUCAGACUGCACAGCUUCAUUCGUGUCGACUGCCCAGAGUCCACGGAUACAGCCCUGCACCUCUCACCACCACCACCACAAAUUCAACCUGACCACAUAUAAACAUCAAAGAACAUCUGCAGACCAGCCGUGACAGCAGCUACAUUCCAGCAGCCUCUCCUGCCUCUGUUCAGACAUGUCGCUCUACAGUUUUGGCCUGGAGCCGCUCUCCUGCCACACCUGGAACAAAGACAGGACCCAGAUUGCAGUGAGUCCUAACAACAAUGUGGUGAACAUCUAUGAGAAGAAAGGCAAAGAAUGGGCCAAGAUCCAUGAGCUGACCGAGCACAGUGGACGAAUCACAGGCAUUGACUGGGCCCCAGAGUCCAACCGCAUUGUAACGUGUGCCUCUGACCGCAACGCCUAUGUGUGGACUCUGAAGGAUGGCGUGUGGAAGCCCACCCUGGUCCUGGUGCGCAUCAACCGUGCAGCCACCUGUGUGAAGUGGUCACCACUGGAGAACAAGUUCGCCCUGGGCAGCGGAGCACGCCUCAUCUCUGUCUGCUACUUUGAGAAGGAGAACGACUGGUGGCUGAGUAAACACAUCAAGAAGCCCAUUUGCUCCACAGUCCUGAGUCUGGACUGGCAUCCCAACAACAUCCUACUGGCAGCUGGGUCUGCAGACCUCCACUGCAGGGUUUUCUCAGCCUACAUCAAGGACAUCGAGGACAAGCCCGGACCAACUGCCUGGGGGGCCAAAAUGCCUUUUGGGGAGGUGCUGCUGGAGCAUAAAGACUGUGGAGGCUGGGUGCACAGCGUCUCCUUCUCCCACAGCGGAGGCCAGCUGGCCUGGGUGGCCCACAACAGCAGCAUCACUGUGGUUGAUGCAGCCCAGGGGAAGGAGGUAACCCAGCUGAUCACCGACCAUCUGCCACUGCUGAGUGUGCUCUAUGUCAGCCCCACUGAGAUUGUUGCUGCGGGUCAUGAUUGCUGCCCCUACCAGUUCACCUAUAAGGGUCCAGGCACUCUGGCGUUUGUGAAGAAGCUGGACAUCGCCAAGCAGACCUCCAAGGGCAGCAUGUCAGCCAUGCAACACUUCCGUAACCUGGACAAGAGGGCCACUGAGGAGGAGAGCAGCGAGCCGGGCACCCUUCACCAGAACAGCAUCACCCAGCUGUGUGUUGUAUCUGGGGAGAAAUCCAAAGUGGAGAAGUUCAGCAGUGUGGGUCUGGAUGGAGCCAUGGUGAUCUGGGAUUUUAAGCACUGAGACACUGCAGCUUGCCAGAGGGUGAGCCAACCAACGCAUCCUAUCAACCACUCUGUUGGGGUGUAUAACUGAACUACUGAUGCGCUUUGUGAUAUUUGUCCCAAAAAAAUAAAAAUAAAUAAAGAGGAUAUUUGUUCUUCAA